AUGUCCUUGGACGCGUUCCCUGACGAGGUCAUCGUCAAGAUCUGUACCCACCUGGAUUUCCAGAGCAAUGCGAACCUGCGGCGGAGCAGCAAGCGCAUGGCACAGGCGGGAGCCGAAGCGCUAGUCAACAGAGUUCGCUUCCACUGCGCCGAGAAGUCGCUCAAACGUUUCCAUGCCAUUGCCCACGACGCUGUCCUCUGCAAAUAUGUCGACACCGUUGUAUUCGAAGCCAAUCUCCUAGCUAAUAUACCUUGCGUCCAUACCUUCCAAGCUCAUUAUCAUCUUGAUGAUCAUGAGAGACCUCGGCCACCUCGUCACGAUGCUUCCCCUCGUGAGAAGAGAUUAUACGAGCGCAACGUCGCCAAAUUCAAUCUGGCAAUUGAGAAGAAAUACGAACGCUAUCUGGCUCUUUACAACACGCAGCAGGAGUUCCUCUCGUCUCCCAUCUGCACAGAGAUGAUAGAACCAAGCAUGCUCUGCUUCCCGCGCCUGACCAAAGUUGUUCUCUCCACUGUUGGCCGUUGCAAGCAUGUUCUCUCUGGCAGAUUCAUGGAGUCAUUCGCUCCCGACGUAACGAUGCCGAUCGAACCGGAUAGCAAGCAUACCAAAGAUCAGCUCCGACAUCUUCUGUUUCCCAGUGGCCGGCCAUUGACCAGUCUUCAAGCUCUGGUAGUUCGCGUCCUGACGCCGAAAUUUUUCACGGGUUCCAUCCCGAGUGAUAUGCUGUGCCUCGCAUUUCAAAAUCUCAGAGUCAUCAACCUUGAUUUCCGUCUCGAGAAGGAAGAUAGAACUAACCUUCAACGCUCGAGUGUCAGGCAGCAGUAUGCAGAUUUGAGCAAUGGUCUCCUUCGCAAUGCGCUCUGCGCAGCAAACGAUUUGGAGCAGCUUACCGUUAACUUCGACGACUACGGCUACUACGGGUCUGUUGCUGAUCUCGACAAAGUCCUGGGCACCAAGGCGUGGCCCAAGCUUGAGAUGCUCAACAUUGACUGCAUGUCCACGACCGAGGAUGAGCUAAUGGACCUGCUGAACCGCCAGCCUUCACUGAAAGAUCUCCAAUUGGGCUUCAUGCACCUGCGGGAAGGUGAUUGGCCGUCAAUCACCACCUCGAUGCGAAAGGGAUUGAGGCUGGAUGACUUUGUCCCAACAGGCAUAUUUGAAGAUUCCGAACAGAUGUACCCUAUGCAUCAUCUGGACGGCGACGCCUACACGGAAGACUUCAGCCACAUCAGCUUGGGAGAGGCUCUUGGCUUGUGGGUCGUGCAUGGAACCGAGUCCUCCGAUGGAAAAGAGUACCAUCCAUUGCUGGAUGAUAAAUUCGCCGAUGCAGACGAACUCCGAGACCAGUACGGGCCAUUUGUGGAAGACGAAGAGUUCAGCGACUCGGACAGCGAUUCAGACAGUGACAUGGACUGCGACAGUGACUAG